AUGAAUCCAGGAGGGAAAACAAUUUUCCAGGAAUAUCUGACAAACCAGGGGACUGUGGUAAAGCCCUAUCGCUGGCAGAGACAGAACCACGUCUGUGCCAAGUGUCCCUACCACAUACGGACUGGUGAAGAAGCGAGAGUCCCUUACGCCGAAUUUCACAGGGUCUUUGGCUUCCCGUCCAGAUCAACAGCAACUCUCCAAACCAAACACCUUCUCUUCUACGAACUGAGGAGUUUCGCAGGCAGAGUAAUCCAAAAAGGCCACGCGACAAACUGUACUGACCAAGACAAGCACCCAGAAUCUAUGCUGUUUGAGACGGGCGGUUAUCUGGACGCAGUUACGGAUGCUUAUGGAAACAUCGGCUCCGUAGUCCUCUAUUCAAAUUACUCCCCUUGUAACGAGGCUUACCACUGCUGCAUAAGUAAAAUCUACAACUUCUUGCUGAAGUAUCCAGAAAUCACGUUCUGCAUCUAUUUCUCUCAGCUGUAUCACGCCGAGGACGGUUUCCCCGCGGCCGCGUGGAACCGGGAAGCUUUGCGAAGCCUCUCCAGCCUGCGGCCGCGGGUGACCCUGCAGAGACUGCCGGGGGGGGCACGGCGUUACCUCCUCUGCAAUUUUGUGUAUGGCAUCCCAGGGACAGCCCUUUAUCACCCAGCUCCACCAGCAAAAACCUUAGCAGAUCGACAAGAUCCGCAUCGCAUUAACAACUUCACAGGAACGAAACCGUAUUUUAGGAAAGCCUUGCCCCAAGCAAUGCCUGCGGUGCAGCAGAACUUCAAGGCCCUUUCUUCUCCCCAGCCAGCCCCCCAACAGCCUUUCCAGGCAAUGAAAGGCGGGCUGCUGCCUCUGGGAUCUCAAAGCCACUUGGUGUUUUUCCCAGGCAUGUUUCUGCCCGUUCAGAGGGAACAUCUAUACCCCAGACCUAAAAAUAUCGUAAGGCAUUUAAAAAUGCCAAAGGAAUAA